AUGAGCGAAACUACUCGAUUGAAAAGCACCGUCUACGUCGGCGGCCUCGACCAGGCCGUGACAAUUCAGACUCUUACAGAAGCUUUCUUACCGUUUGGAGAAAUUGUUGAUGUGUCGUUGCCAAAGCCCGACCUCCCAUCGUCAACUGAUAAUCACCGAGGAUUUGGGUAUGUGGAGUUCGAGAUUCCGCAGGACGCAAAGGAAGCUAUCGACAAUAUGGAUCAAAGUGAGUUAUACGGACGGAUUAUCAAAGUUGCUGCGGCCAAACCUCAACGGGAUGCAAACGAAGGUCUAGGAAGCAAGACGGCUAUUUGGGAGCAAGAGGGUUAUCUCGCAAAAUACGCCGUGAGUGAAGAGGACCGUCAGGCUGCAGAAGAAGCUCGAUUAGCAGCAAAUAGCCGCCCCGAAGACCCAAUGCAAGGUCUAGAAGGACUCGAUGUAGCAGGACCCAGACCGGAGUAA